AGGUUCCACGUCCAACCUUCCAAGAGUCAUGGACUAGGGGCCACUUUUAGACGGAAGCAUAUUAAAGGGCGUGGAGCCUCAUUCUUAUGAGUCGAGCAGGAGUCCCGUUAUUCACACCUCGUGCUACGAAGCUACGAAUCAUCUGUCGAACCUUCUUCCCGGCGAAGAGAGGAUCAACAUGCUAAGGAUUGUGAUGCUGUAGAAAACGGUUCCACUGCUAUUCACAGAUCAGCUUGUACUAGGCAAUACUUGUCACACACUUUAAUUCGAGUUACCGUGCAGCUUUUCGGGAGCUGCCAAACAUAUUCUUAGGCAAUCCCAUCAAACCAACCAAACUCCAAAAUGAACGGUUUAUCCACGCUUAACAGACUGUUAGGAAAAAGAAACAAAGAUGUUUCCAAAUCAACCUCUAACCUUAGUCGGUCCACCACCAACCUGGACGCUUCUAGUCACUUCAACAACAAAGUCAUACAGCUGCCGGUCGUGGCGAAUGCACCGUUCGAGCAGACAUUCCGCGUGACGGUGUUACUACCGCGGGACCAGCUGUACGUAGCACGUGUCGGUGCGAAAACCAAACUGUCCACCCUGCUCGAGAUGGUGUGCAGCGACAAGCUACUCGACGCGCAAAAGUACGUCUUUCGCCAUCCGGCCGACUUUCAGCAGGGUUUCGAGCUGGACAUGAACAUCGGCGAGGUGGGACUGAGCGAGGUUCGGCUAAUGUCACGCAAGGAGCUAGAAGCGUUGCGCAACAGUGACUAUCGGUUGAGCACAAGCGACAUCUUCCGGAUGCAUCAGAAGAGUGCGCGUGAAACGUCCGGUGGUACGUCCGUAUCGUCGUCGGAUUUGAGCCGCAACUCGAAAGUGCCUCUAAAGACGACCUCACCGUACAGCUCAACCAAUUCGCUCAACUCGAUGGACUCGUCUGGGGUUAGUUCGAGCUCGAGAGGUGGUGGUGGUGGUGGUCACAGUGGUACCACCAAUGGCGCCACAACCAAUGGAAACAGUCAGAUGGGACCACCGGUGGCGCCGACGCGUAAGAAGCGACUCGCACCACGUCCACCAAGCCAGAACUCUAUCCCAGAGGUGCGUCUCCCACAGCAAACGCAACAUUCCAACGGGUCAGCCGAUAAGCACAAUAGUCCCGAUGAUCACAUCUUCAAAGAACCCCAGUUACCUCCGUACUCGAGACAAAACUUCCACGUAUCCACACCAAAUCUGUACGACCGAGAAUUGAAAUCGGCUGAUAUUAUCAACAACAAUAACAACAACACACCCGGUGUGAAUACGAAAAAUGUCAGCAGCGAACGCAACGGAUACGCUGCCGAUAUCCACAACAAUAAUGUUCAUGAUGAGCAUAGCAAGAUGAUGAUGCUGGAGGAACAAGAUCGGAAAAACCUAAUCAACACCAAGACGUCGUACAGUACGCUCAAAAAUCGACCAACGUCGAUGUACAUUAUACGCGAACCAGACCCUCCUACCAGCACGUUGCAGCAGUCGAGCGAAAAUGGUGGCAGCAUGGUCGAUAUUCAUCAUCAUCAUUCGCGGGCGUCGUCCAGCUGCUCGGAUGCGAAAGAUCCGCGGGACUUUCAGGAUAUGCCUGAACCAACGCCACGAAAGCGCUUGAACUCUAGUGCCAAAAAGUCCAAAGCUCCAGCACCUCCGCCAAGAGCAAAAGCUACCAUCGCAACACCCUCACCGGUUCCAACACCUUCACCGAGAGCGCUUACUCGUUCGACGCUGGAUUUGCUACGGGACACUGAUGCGGCCAUAUCCGAGACGGAUUCUAACUUUAGCAGCGAACCAGAUGAUACGCAACGUAACCGAGAAUCGCGAUUGAAUGCCGUCAACGGAAGUGUCCACCGGGCUCCCCACAUGCAUCAGCAGCAACAGAACGUAUCAAAGGUGAUGCUUAACGUGGAACAAGCCCCAUUAAAUGAUCCAGUCGUAACCUCGACCACACCAACCACCGGCGAAAAGACACACCAAAAGAAUGGAUCCACCUCAUCCGUGUCUAUUAAAAUCAUGGGCAACGGUAACGGUACUGCUGAUACGCCAUCGAAACCAUCAUCCACAACACCCAUCGUGUCGAAGGUGCAGAUCGGUGGUAAUAAAAUCACUUCACCAGAUCAGCCUGCCUCACCCGGUGGUGGUGACAACAGCUCGGAUGAGGAAAUUAAAAUCUACAACAUAGAGUCCGGUAAAGCGCUGGUAAAGAAAAUGGCCGCCAACGGGAUGGAAGUGGACCAGCAAAGCAAGAGAGCAGCAGCACCAUCGGGAAUCGUUUCCAAUGGAACGAAACUGAGCGACGGUGAAAAGUCAACGACAGAGCAGCAUAACAAUGGCACUACGGCGGAUGAGGAACAGUGGACGUACAAGCUGCCAGCACCACCAACCUUUGCCGAUUCUUCCAUCAAGGCAAGCGACUACGAAGAACGUGGUCAAUUCUAUCGGCCAGCGUCAACUUUCGUCGACAAUACGACACUUCGCAGCGAUAUGCUUACGGUGCUGUCGGACGAACAAACCGAGCGUAUUGAGCCGUUCAUUCAGGAGCGCCUACAAACCAUGCUGGACCUUACGGUCGGUCGGGUGAACCAACGAUCACAUCGUCCGGGAAGUCCUGAAAGUGUUUCCACUGAAACGGAUGCCACUACACAUAUGUCGGAGGAGGUGCCACACAUCAGCUCAGAUCUGGAGGAUGGUUACCGUGUUGGUGAAAAUGGCCGUCAUGCGAUUGGGGAAAUAAACGGUGAACCAGACAGUACGCAAGAGGCUCGCGAAGUGUGGCUGCAAACGUUGGAAAAACGGCGGGAAAAAAUUAUCGAAGGUGAAUUGGCCACCUUAAGUGAGGCGAUCAGUGGUGGAAAAACGACCGGCCUGGAUGCUCCCUCGGUUGUUCGCACACAGUCAGUGAGCGAACGAAAGACUAGUGUUAUGAGUGAACUAAACCAGUUGCUGCGUGAAGGUGUCGAGCUAAGCCGCAAGGAGGAAACGGAAAUUGCCGUUGUGAAUAGGAGCAGCUUGGCCAACUUUAAAAUUUCGACUUACAGCUCGGAAAACAAGGAAAACAUCAUUACUAGCACCAGCAUCACCACAAACACGGCGAUCGUUGAAAAACAAGUUGAUUGCGAGGACAUUGCUGCACCGGUUGUAGAGAAUGGUGCUCAGGAAACGAACUUGAUUGUAGACAGCAAAGAACAGCAGGACGAAGCGGAUGUGAUUGUGCGUCGGAAGAUAUCGGUCGAUUCGAUAACCGUCCGGAAGCCUGCCUCACUUACCCAAAGCAGCGAUGAGGAUGAUCAUAUCGGGCGUUCAGCCAACGGUUACACAACUUCUAGUGCCAAGAAGGAACUAGCUCCAGUAAAGCGACGCAGCUUGACAAUGCUAAACAAAAGCCCUAGGGUGAUCAAUCGAUCCGAUUCGUUCCAUUCGACCCGUUCGGAUUACAUUCAAUCGCUUAACUCACCCGCUCAAACCAGCACAAGCACAUCCGGACCGUUACAUCUAACGCCACGCAGCACUUCAUACAUUUCGCUGAUCGGUGCCCAACGGUGGGAAAAUCGAGCCGCCACCAGUACACUGGCCUCUGCGAAUUCGUUCGCUAAUCGGCGUAAAUCGACCAGUGAGCUAAGCAUCUGCGAUUCUCCCUCCCUGCAAAGUCUGGAGGUGAUCAAAAACAUUUUGAACACAUCGCGCAAAAAUAGCGUUAACAAUCUGCACCAAACGAAUGCAAGUGCAGUUGAGGAUGCACCGACAGUGAAUGAAAUGCUGCUACCCUCGAUGGCUGCUAUCAAGCGGAAUAGUUUUACCGACAUUUCGACGCUGGUGCAGCUGAACGGUGGUACCGUUGGUAAGGUGCAUAUGAACGGUGGUAGUGCGGUGCGUAAGGACAGCAUUGAGGAGGCAAAGGUGGAGCAGGAACCCGACCCUGAACCGGAACCGGUAUCGACCCAGGAAGUAAAGGUGGUUCCGAAAUCUCCGGUGUUGGUUAAACAAAGUGUUGAUGUAAACAAAAUGGAGGAUUCAAAGAAGGUUGAGAAAAUGGUUGAAAAAAUUGUCGAGGAACCGAAAUUGAAAGCACAGGUUGAGGAGAGGAUUGUGCAAAAACCAGUGGAGGAAAAGGUUAAACUUGAGGAAACGAAAUGGGUCGCUAAGCCAGAAGUCCACGAUGUUGGUAGUGAAUCAAAAAGUGAUGAUGAAAAGUUGCAGAACAAGCAGCAGCAACGACAUCAGAGCACUCAAGAGCACGCUGUCGUCGUCGCGAAGGAACCACAGACGACCGUCGUCAGCAUUACCACCAACAGUACAGUAGUGAGCAGCAGCACAGAUAGUGCCAGUGUCGCAACCGUUACACCUGCCACCAACGAAUCCGAUACGAAAAAGUGGACCUACCAAGGUCCACCGACGAUCAGCUUCGCAACUUGGAACGAACGUCCGAAAAUUGACGUAUCGAUCAAAUCCGACCGGGACUAUCGGUUCGGAGGUAGUUCGACGCUGCCUCGUGGCUUCCGUAAUGUAAACAACGUAAGCAGUACGAAAAUCAGCAUCGGCCCGGGUGGUAGCAGUAGCACCACCACGACGAUGACGUCAACGACCACUAUCCACGAGGUUGAUCAGCAGCAGGAAGAUGUUGUUUCGAAUGUGCCAUCAACAGCAGCAGUAGCGGCCACCGCAACGCCACUGCCUCAAGCGGUGCCGGCUGUGGUGAAGCUACCCGCAACCUCACCAAAACCAACUACCGCAACACCGGGACCAGGCGAACGCUUACCGAUCGUACGUGCCGUCGAGUACAAAAAGAACGUUACCCAACGUCAAGCGCCACCACCAACCGAGCCAAAGCCUUCCUUCCUGUACGAACCGUUCAAUGGCAAUAAUUCGAACGUUAGCAGCGUAAGCAUCAAUGGAAAUGCUAGCACCAACAUUAGCCGGCUAAGCUUCGGUCCAAAACCAUCGACCGUCCUUCAACCAACGGUGCGUGGCUUUAAAUCGCUCGACAUUGAACCUACCGGUAUUGCAGCACCACGAUUGCGACCCGUUUCAAUGAUCGAUACAAGCACGUUGCGGAAAACCACCACCGUCCCAUUGGUGGAGGACGGUGAAGCUCCGAAAUCGUUGCCCUUCUCGCAGAACACUCUGCGUCGGACGGGCUUGAAGGAUAAAAUUUUGGCGAAAGAUCCAGUUUCGGAACCAAUCGCUACUAAAGUGAGCGUAGCUACGACAGCUGCUGUUGCUCCGGUUCCCGUGCGACCAGCUUCCUUGCCGUUGGGUAACGCCGGUCACAUUCCACCGCCACCCGCACCGAUGCCACCAGCAACGGGUAUAGCGUCCCAACCGGUUGUGCGGGGUGCAAUCGUGAAGAAAUCACCCACAACGCCGGCCAUCGAUCCGCGGACGGCGCUUUUAGAUGCCAUUCGAAACUUCAACAAGGAUUCGCUGCGAAAGGAUUGAU